AUGUUACAUUAAAUAUUACGAGUGCAUUUAUUCGUGAAACAAAUGGUUUUAUUCUGAGUCGUUCAAUUCUUAUAGCUUUAUUGUUAGUUUAAUGCUUAUUAGAAUAUUGUUGGUCCUCGGGACCAAGCUUACAUUAAAGUCUCACCAGAUUCUUGACUGGAUUAACGAGGAGAAGGACAUGACUUUCACAUUAGCGAGAGAGAGAGAGAGACAGAGAGAGAGAGAGAGAUACAGAGAGCACUAGGGUUGCGUCAAUAAGAAGACAGUGUGUAUAAAAUAGAGAGAAGUACUGAAGAAGAGAAGGAAACCUUAACGCGCACGCUUUAUUAUCUUCUAUAUUACGCGACUGCGUUAGCGGCGGCGACAGAGCGUUUAGGGAUUUUAAUAAACCCCUCAUUUUUAAAGGGUUCCUUGCUCCAAACUUUGGAAACAUAAUAAUCUUCACUGGUCUCAGAUUCCGAUGAGUGAGAAGCUCGUCUUCAGAAGCAGCACUGGCGGAGACUGUUACUACCAUGGAGCAUAUGGAGAGUAUUUGGAGAAGAGACAGAUGUUUCUGAGGAGCUACCAGUUCUCCAGGAAACAGAGCUUCACUGAAAAGGUUACAAGAUCUGUGAGGAGAGUGAGGAGGUUUGCUUGGACGAGGUUGAGAUCAGCUAGGAGGUUGAAACGCGUUGUCUGGUCCCGACUCAGAACGGCGUUUUUCUACCGCCGAAAACGCUUUUUCCGUCUCCUCCACUUACACGACGAACCUUCUUACUGCUUCUAGUUUUAGGGUUAGGAACUCUUCAGUUGUUGUUUAUGUUCCGUCUUUGAUUAUGUUUUGUUAUGCUUCAGAUAAGUCACUGUAUAAUCUCGUCAUUGAUCAGAAUAAUUGAAGUUUAACCAUUCUAACUUUGAGUUGUUUUCCUUAAUUAGACUUGAUUUUGGUGUGUGGAAAG